AUGAGUUUUGUGGAAGGUCAGAGUCUCGAUAAAACUUGGGAAUCUUAUGACGAGGAUACAAAAGCCCAUGUCGCCAACCAGCUCAAGGAAUAUCUCCGCGAACUUCAGCAAUUCAGCAACGGGAACUACAUAGGCUCGGUUGAUUCCGACCCCGUUACCGAUCCGAUCUUAGAGAGUUAUCACGUCAACGGACCGUUUGACUCUGAAGAAGCCUAUCAAUCCAAGGCGCCAAAACGUCAAAUCAAGAAUUUCUUAUCUGACCUACGUCUCCAGAAUAUCAUGACCAACGACGGAUCUGUCAACGGGGUUCUGGAUUGGGAGUUUAGUCGCUGGUAUCCCGAAUACUGGGAAUUUUCAAAAGCUCUCUAUGUCUGGAAGGUGGCAGAAUGA